AUGCAGGAGCAUUGCAAGGUACAGCACCAAUGGGUCAACCAUCAGCGAAGAGGAGGCCGGGCAAAGAAGAAGCAGAAGCAUAGUCGGAAUGGUAUUUGGAACGAUAGUAUUUCAUGUCAGCGAUUUUUCGAGUACGGUCAAUGGCGGCGAUUGUUCGCCGUUCGAAUUGACCAUGUCCCCACCACACCAGUCAGUCGGCAAGCCGGCAUCGAGAUCGCAAAGAGGGUGUCCAGUAGUGUGAAGGUCGCCCGAGCAGCCAAGCAUAACCAGCGUCGCAUCCAGAGCCAUUCGCAUCGAUGUAUAGCGAACCCGUGGUUGGAUUUCGUCGGAUGGCGUCGUCAUUUAGCCGGGUUCCUGGUCGAGAAGUUGAUCCGGACCACAUGGCCAGCGAGAGAGGAGGUCCAAUUCGACGAGAGCAUCCACGAGUCCCAGGACGACGCAUACCCCAAGCGUUCCGAGGCCGCAUUAGCACGAGCAUGUCAAGCCACGAGGCGGAUGAUCCGGUACGCAUUCCAGACCAGUACCGUGGAGCAUGUCGGGCGGGUGGCAUUGGAGGCGGUCAACCGAAGAGAAUUGGGGUUGGGGAACAACGAGAAGCCGUUUUAUGGGCAGUUGAAGGUGCAGUCGUUGCGGAAGUACAUGGAGUUAUGGGUCCGGAUGUUACGGUACAUUUGGCGUACCGCCGACCAAGAUAACAUGCGCCGAUAUCGAUUGACCGACGCCCAGCGCGUGGCGUUGCAGCGGUUGUAUCGGGCAUGUCAGAAAGACGAGGGUGAGAGCCGAGCCGAGGCCGUCGAGCGACAGACGGCAGCAGAGAAGGCGAGCAUUGUGUUUUGGAUCCGGAUGUUCGACCACGAAUUGCAGGACGACGAGUUCGACAGCGGCGUCAUCAGCGCAUUGACCGUGUUAGGGUUGGACGAGCAGGGCAAUUGGAAGGCCGCGUUGAAUUAUACCCCAACAUUGUCGGCCGUCAUCACCACCAUGCGAGCCGUGGUGGUCCAUCGGGCAUGGUUGAAUCGACAGCAGGCCAUUCGGCGGGCCAUCGACGACGGCGAGAGCGAGGAAGAUGCACAGCGGAAGGCGCCAUCGGUAGUCAGUGGGGUGGACCAGUUGACCAAGCGAUUCAUGACCAUGCGGGAGUUCGGUGGGAGGAUCAGCCCAAUGGACCGGUUGUAUCACCAGCGGACGUAA